AGGAUGUAGGCUGGCUGUUAAAAGACACAUCCGAGAGAGUUUUAGCUGCAUUUCCGAGCGUUCCGCUCACCUGUUGUUGUCACAGGACAGGUGUUUAGUGGAGUUUGGUUUCCGAGAAGGUGAAGCGGAAGUUUUGAUGCGAGAGGGAUCAACCUGUUCGAUGGUUCUCGGUUUGGAUCGACUGUCUGGAUCAGAAGGAGGGACUGAAUCCUCACUGUGACUGCUGGAGCCAGUGAAAUGGACCCAAGGUGAUGCCAGGAUGUCCCAGUCUGGUCUGAGUCGGACCUGCAGGUCACAGGUAGAGAUGGCAGCGUGUCCAGAUGUACACCUGACCAAACCCGGAGUUGUGGUGGGGAGUGUGUUAGUCCUGGUCCUGGGCGGUAAUCCGGUGUGGGCUAAUUUGACCACAAACGAACAUGAGACCAAUUCUACUAACACUUCAGGACCAAACAUUGCAGCUAUCGUGGCCCCGACAGUCACUCUGGGUGUCCUGGUCGUCGUGUUGGCGGUUCUCGGCUGGUUGUUCUGUGUGGUGAAAAAGAAAAGACAGACUGAAGGGACCUACAGACCCAGUGCUGAGGAACAGUCGGGUGUUAGCAGCGUGGCUGCACCAGAUGCAUUAAAGCUGCCGAAGGAAGAAAGACUCAUCUGAAGUUUGGGCUUCGUGUUUGUGAGGGACACGACGAGCUGCGCUCACCUGUGUGUGACGAAGCGCUCGCCUUCAAACGGAUAAGUAGAAGAAAUAAUUCAUCAAGAAUUGAUGUGGCUCUUAUUUUGCUGCCCUUAAAAGCGCUGAACUGUUCCUGAACUGCUGCGUGAGAACCACCGGGCGGAUCUUACUCUGGAGUUUUAUCUUAGAACAUUUCAGAGGUUUAUUAUGCACAUUUCAACCUGCAGGGUUGAAUAACCAGAAAGCCUUUUCAGUCCAGACAUGUUUUUUAUAAUAUCUAAUUCUCUGACUUGAUUCAUCACAAAUUCAUCCUUUCAUUUCAAAUCCAAACUGAUCUUUUACCUCAGAUUUUGUAUUUUUUACUUCUCAUUCAAAUUAUUUGAAAAGGUCAAAAUUACAUCAAUGUUGUUUUAAACUUUAAUUAGAUAAUUUUAUGAAUGUAUUAAACAAUCAAGGAUGUAAUUAAAAAUGUACUUUUACCUAGAAAUGGUUUACAUGUUUAAGUUUUCCUUCAGUAAUCACGAGUUAAACCUAUUUAAGUAUUUCAUCACAAGGAUGUUUUUAAGUGUCACAUUGUUUUUUAUGCUUUUGUAAAAUAAAUAGUCCAAUAUUUGGGUCA